ACAGAUUUGAAGAAGAAUGAGCAUCAACCAUGCUUUUUAUAUUGAUAUGAAUUUUUCUGAAAUAAUUGCGGCCAGAAUGAAAACGUGCAAGUUGUGUAAAUGUAAAUCCGAAUCUGUUUUUGAGCCCAACGAAUAUAUACUGGGCACACAAAUUUCUGAUGUUAUAAAAUUUAUAUUUAGUGAUCAGGCGUUGGAGUUUCCACCAAAAUUUUUCAUAUGUUCUGCAUGUGCGGCGGCGUUGGUACAAACUGAAAUUGUGCUAAAGCGACUUUCGGAGGCUUUGCCACACAGCAGAAAUUCUGGAAAACUAAACUUAUCUAAUCAUAAAAACGAUGAUAACGAUGAGGAGCCUCAGACCGAACAGAAUGGUAUAAAUGAAAGUAGCAAAGCUUCGGCAUCUGAAACCUUUCUGAAGGAUUGGAUAUUUCGCUGUACCCAUUGCGAAUACACUACCAGAAAGCCUAAAUUGUACAAAACUCAUUUAACAACUAGACAUGAACUGGAUAAUCCACGCAUUUACCAGUGUAUGUAUUGUUCGGAAUCAUAUCAACGCAUAAAUGCCAUACAAAAUCACAUCGGCAGCAUACAUGAAAAUAAACCGCGUCAAAAACGUCAACGUCGAAAGACAAUUGCAUUUGAUUCGCCAAGUGUAUUAAGCAGUACAACCAUCAGUAAACAGGUGGAAAUUAACACUCCAGUUGGUAAUAUCAACAAUGAAACAAAUGGUGUUGAUACAAAUAAUGAUAGUUAUCAAGCAGAUGGCAGCAAAAACUAUGAAUUUACAUGCAGUCACUGCAUUUAUAAAACAAUAUUUCCAAAACAUUUCAAGCGGCACUUAUCAGUUAAACAUAAUAUUGAAGACACAAGAAUUUAUAAGUGCAAGCGAUGUCCUAGUACGUAUGCACGACAAUUUGCUUUGAAUAACCAUAUCGCUUACGAACAUGAAAACAAACCUAAACCACAGCGCAGAAAGUCAGUAGCUUUAGAACAAAGUAUAUUAUACAAAGACGAGUUGAUAAUACCUAAAGAAGAAAUGUUGGAUGAUAAUGACGACCUAAGAUGUGAAUUUUGCCUUUAUCAAGCGCAAGACUCAAAAACGCUUCGAAAUCAUAUGGUACUAUUGCAUCAAACUGAUAAUCUAAUUCAAAACAAUAACAGUAAUCAAAAGGACAACAAUUAUAAAAAUAAUGUCUAUUCGGAGACCACAUAUAAUAAUCAAGAAGAACAGCAAGAUCAUGUAUUCCAAGAACCUUUUAAAAAACCCCCUAAUCAAUUAAGUUCGAGUGAAAUAUCAUCUUCAGAAUGGGUUUUCCAAUGCCCACGUUGUGAUUUUGAAUGCGCCAAAAAGAAAGCAUUCAAAGCUCAUUUAAUUAAUGAACAUGGCUUAUAUGAUAACGAUAUAUAUAAGUGUCUUUACUGUUCGUCAACAUACGAACGUUAUAGCUCGUUGCAGAAUCAUGUAGCAGUGAGUCAUAGCGUUGAUUUGACAGGAAUAGAAUCGGAUUCUAGUCAAGAUAACGUUGCAAAGAAACAAAAACUUAAUGGAACUGCAAAUAGUACAGAAAAACACACUCUUGAGAACAGCAGUCAGGAGCAAACGCCGUCAAAAAAACGUAGAAUGGAACGAGAAAAAAGUAAAGAAUCUUGUGUUGUAUGUGGCAAGCUUUUUUCCACCGUGGAUAAAUUGCGCGCUCAUAUGGACAAACAUCAUGGAGGCGACGAAAUCAAAAAGUGUCCGAAUUGUGAUGCACAAUUUCGUUCGUUGGAGAAGUACGAGGCACAUCUGUUUAGCGAGAAAUGUCUCAACACUAAGCUAGCCUGCCAAUAUCCUGGUUGUCCGAAACGUUUUAAUAGACCAUCAAAAAUGCAACAACAUAUGCGUGAGAAACAUCCCGAUGUAAUAGACUAACGUUUGUUGGUUUUAAUAGGAUUAUUAUUUUUUGUUUAAUAUUUUCAACACGGUUACGCAUCCCCCAUGCUGAGUUUUUACCUAGUGUCAAUAAACGGUACUACCAAAUAUAUGUACAUAUAUGCAUUUAAAAUAUUACAGUGUCAUUUUACGUAAAUCAUUAUACGCAAUCUAUUACGUAAUCAGCAUAUAUGUAUUUGAUUGUACUUAUGUAUAAUAUAUUUCUUAUGAGAAAUAAAACAAACAACAUUAA